AUGACUUGGAUGUCAUACAAGUAUUUUGCCGGGAACGUCAACCACCCGAUUUUAAUGGCAUUCGCCGUCUACCUAGAUGAUUUUUAUAAUUACAAGAAAUUAUCAGAAUCGACGGUGGCGAGAUUUUUCAAGAUGAUUUUUCCGAAUUUAGUCAAAACUGCGUACGCGCUAUUUCAAGCCAAAAGCAUCCGCAUACAUAACGCGUUAAGGGACAAGUUUCAACAGUAUCAGGACAGCGGCCAGGAGAGUUGUAGUGCGGUCAAUCAAGAUAUGUAUGAGGUGCUGAACACGGACUGCUCUGAUUAUUGGACGCAUCGUCUCGAAGUCUCGCUCGUUGGUCGCAUCUCGCGUAUCCAACAUGCUCUGGACCUGUGCCAUAGUGACAGGAGCACUCAACUCCUUGUCAUUCACCCGAAAAUCACCCACGACUUGGUCAGGUGCCCGCUCCUCGUCACAAAUCGACAAUUCGACGCCCGUCUCCACAGCCCGCCCUCCUUCGGCGCAAAUGAAGCACCCGCCAGGGCUGCCCUACCCUCCUCGGCACAAUAUUUUAAAAAAAAGCUCAAGCUAAUUGUAAUAGAGUUCAUUGCUUAUGUAAAGGAAUGCGUGACCCAGUCUAUUUUUGCGAUCGACGUCGACGGCGACGGCGACGUGGACGUGUUCUCGACGUCGUCGGGCGAUGCUCGGGGCGAGGGCACUAUCGCAUGCUACGAGAACGACGGCUCCCAGUCCUUCACGGAGCACAUCAUCAUGACGCUCGUGGACUACGCUUUUGUUGUCUUCGCGAUCAACCUCGACGGAGACGGGGACGUAGACGCGCUGUCGGAGAAUUACGAGAACGACGGGUCCCAGUUCUUUGCCGAGCGCAUCAUCAAGACGCUGGCGUACGGCGCGUUCUCUGUCUUCGCGAUCGACGUCGACGGCGACGGCGAUGUCGACGUGCCAUCAGCAGACGCAGGCUACGACACAGUCGCGUGGUAUGAGAACGAUGGCUCCCAGUCCUUCACGGAGCGCGCCAUUACGACGCUCGCGGACGAAGCUUACUCCGUCUUCGCCAUGUCGACGACGACGGCGACAUGGACGCGCUGUCGGCGUCCUACCGUGACGACACGGUCGCCUGGUACGAGAACGACAGGUUUGGGAGGCGGUGACAACGGGCACCGGCCAAGCGUACUCUAA